CUUCUGGCCCAAAUAAAGCCCACUAAAUAUUCAGCCUUCUCCUUCUCAUCGAAGGCUAAUUACAGUUUUGUUCCGAUCACCGGUCACUUCUUCGGUGGUUCAACUUCAAGUUUCCGAUGGAUCUUAUAUGCAAUUCGUACGCCAAUGACUCCGACGACGAACUUGAACCAGUGGCCAGUGAUCGUUUAACAUCUGGAAUCACCGCAGCACCGUCUAUUCCUUCGAAGCGUCCAUAUCCAGUCCCGGAGGAGCGACAAUACAAACCACCGCGUAGACAGUAUCCUCCUCACGGUUCCUAUUCGGAAUCUCAAACGAGCUCUUCGGUUUCAGUGCCGAUUCCGGUUCCGGUUCCAGGCCGGUACGUAUCUAAGAGAGAGAAAUCACUUCUAGCCUCCGUUUCAACGAUUCCGACUCAAGAUCAAAGUUCCGAUUUGAAUCAGAAACCUUCUAGCUCUCCUACUGUUCUUGGGAGUAUCUCAGAUUCUGAUGUUCCUCGCCAUGUUCUAUCUUCGGUUACACAUCGACCAAAAGGAUCCUCGUUGCGAACCGAAAUGCCUAGUAGAAUGUCGAUUUCGUUAACCGGCCAUACAAAGGCGGUUACUGCUAUUGAUUGGUCUACAAGUCAUGUUCAUCUUCUUUCUUCUGUGGGGCUUGAUGGUGUUGUUUACGUGUGGAAUGUGUGGAGCAAUGAUAAGAAGAAAGUACGGGCUUUUCUCCAUCAUAAUGCACCGGUUAAAGAUGUGAAGUGGUCAAAGCAAGGGUUAUCGUUGCUUUCUUGUGGAUAUGACUGCACGUCAAGACUAUUCGAUGUUGAAAGAGGGGUAGAGAUACAGUCUUUCAAUGAGGAUCAGGUUAUUGGAGUUGUUAAGUUCAAUCCAGAUAAUUGUAACGUGUUUCUUUCUGGAGGAUCAAAGGGAAGUCUUAGAUUAUGGGACAUUAGGGCCAACAAAGUCGUGCAUGAAUACAUCCGAGAUCUUGGGGCAAUUCUUGAUGUUGAGUUUAUCGCGGGUGGGAAGCGGUUUAUCUCUUCAAGUGAUGUGUCUGGCAGAAAUAUAAGCGAGAAUGCUGUUAUAGUUUGGGAUAUUUCGAGAGAGGUUCCUCUAUCUAAUCAGGUCUAUGUAGAAGCAUACACAUGCCCCUGCAUCAAACGUCACCCGCAAGACCCAGUCUUCAUCGCCCAAUCACACGGGAACUACACUGCAAUCUUCUCAACAAACCCACCUUUCAAGCUCAACAAAUACAAGAGAUUCGAAGGUCACUGGGUUGCAGGUUUCCCAAUCAAAUGCAACUUCAGCCCGGAUGGAGAAACCUUAGUCUCUGGCUCAUCUGACGGUUCCAUAUACAUGUACAGCUACAAAUCCACUGAGCUCAUUAAGAAGCUCAAGGCUUAUGAACAGCCCUGCGUUGAUGUCACAUACCACCCCGUUUUACCUAACGUGGUCGCAGCUUGUAGCUGGAAUGGACAAGUCUCUGUUUUUGAGUGAUCCCAGUCCCACAAUGGUUAGUAUUAGUGCCAAUCAAAUCUCAAUCUCACCAUUGUUCUAUAGUAGCUAGGAAAUGGUAGAAAACGUAAUAGAAUGGGGAACUGACU